AUGAAGGUCUUAGAAGAAGUCUUGCCUGCUGGAGCACCAAUGGAAUAUUUGGCAAGUGCUGAAUUUUCAACUGGUGUAUAUUUCAUAACGUAUACUGGUAUUUAUAAGCAAAAUAUAACAGGAAGUGUAGAGAUCUACUCUUUAUGUGAUAUUCCAUUCACAUUCAAUGAUGUAGUUUCAACUAUGCACGGGGAGCACCUAAUAUUUACUAUUGACAACACCCAGAUUAUAUACAAUCCAAUAAUGAGUCAUAAGAAGACAGUUUCUCUUCCCAAUUCACCAAUGACUGUGCUAGUAGAUAAUUACACUGUUAUUAACCUAUUCUACAAUGAAAUGUACGUAUAUAAUCUAUCAGAAGCAUGGAUUAGCAGCUAUGUAGUAGAGAAUAACAAGCUUAUUAGCAAGUAUCGGAUAAGGCGAUUAUUCCGGCAGGAAGAACAGAUGCUUUUAGUGGAGGAUAAAAUACUAGAAACAAAUCUUAAUCUAAAGAACAAAGAUUACCAAGCGGCAAAUAUACUGUGGAAAGAUGAGAAAUCACGUGUUACUAUUAAGAGACCAGUUCUGAUACAUCCAGAGCCAACUGUAUUUUGUGCCGAGCCAAUUAUUGAUAUUCUAUGCACUGUGUGGGGAUGCAUUAUAAAGUACACUACGGGAAUCGAGGUUUAUAGUAUAAAGGAUAAAAACUAUAAACUAGAAUACAUAUAUAAAACAACUGGUAUGAUUGUGAAUAAAAGUAGCGAUUUAAAUGCACCAGAGCGGGUUUAUAUAAAAGAAAAGGAUUCUUCUAAUGCAGGCAGGGCCAUUAUUGUCGACAUUAGUAAGAGUGGCCCAAUAAAGUUGUUGUGCAUAAAAAACAGCGAAAAAGUAUAUGCUAUAAACAGCACAACCUUUAUGGUCAAGGGAGACACUGCCAGAAUUGUAAGAUACAGAACAGAGCAUAACACAUACCAAGCUCCGCUUAUAGAGCUGGAAAAAGAGAAAACUAUCCAUAAAAAAGAGACAGACCUAAUUGAGUCUAGUAUAGAGUAUCUCAGAAAAUACAAAGAUAUUAAUUAUAUACUGAAGGGCGCGACAGAGGAAGAGAAUGCACUUUAUAUCAAAAAAAUACUAAAUUCAUUCAAGGAAGAUGUCACAAUUCGAGUGAUUUCACUUGGGGUUAUGCUAGAGAAAAAAAUAUCCUAUGUUAAGGAGAUAAGUGAGGAGAUAAAAAAGAUGCAAGGCACUACAUCAAAGAAGAUAGAAGAUGUUAUGGAGAAAAAUGAACGAAUAAUCAGCAGAUUGGGCCAGAUUAUUGAGAAAAUAAAACACAUACACAGUCAAGGUACAAAGACAGAAGAUGCCUCAUCAAAUGAGCACAUCAACACACUCCAUCUGAAGAUAGAAGAGAUGAAGCAAAAAAUGCAAGAACCUAAAAUGGCCAAAAACUAUACAAAGCUACAGGGCGAGUACUAUUUGCUAAAAGAGCAUACUAGAUAUCUUAUGAAGAGAUUGGAGCUGCUAGGAUAGAAAUAUGUUGAAAUAUCUUAAUGAAAAAAGAUUGAAUCCACUAGAGGAAUGAUAGUAUAAUAAAAAAAUAAUGGAAU